CUGUUAACAUUUUGAAUGAUUGUUUCCCAGUGUGGAUCUUAUUGUUUAUGGUCUUAUCGUCUAGGAGUGUAUGGACUGCCGAGGUGUCCCGGUGAGAGCUCCCACAUCUGUGACAUGAUCCGCAAAGCUCUGAAUAAUGGCGCCUACACGGACCUGGUCCAGAAACAUCUGGUGCAGGCGCAGUACUGGCACGACCCGUUAAACGACGACCUGUACAAGAAGCACAGCCUGUUUCUGGCCGACGUCAACCAGGAGAGGGCUGUAAAUGAGACUUACAAGAAGAAUCUUCAGCUGCUGGAGAAGUUCGUCAUGGUCAAGUUCCUGCAGGACACCGUAGUGGAUCCCGCUGAUACGGAGUGGUUCGGCUUCCUGAAAACGGGUCAGGCCAAAGAGAUGGAAACUCUGCAGGAGAGCGUCCUCUACAAAGAGGAUCGUCUGGGCCUGGCAGCGAUGGACAAAGCUGGAAAACUGGUUUUCCUGGCGUCAGAGGGAGACCACCUGCAGUUCACCAGAGAGUGGUUCAACGCUAACCUGCUGCCACUUUUACGCUAAAACACUUUGAUUUUAAAGCCUCUCGCAGCAAACGUUCAAUCAGACUUCAACCACUGAAACCAAGUCGACUUUUAAAUUGAAAAAGCAGAAAGCUCAUAAUCCAUUCCUUUUGCACUGAUCACUUGUCGCAUGUUGACACUUUUAAUGUUUGAUUAUCGCCUCGGUUUUUACUGCUGUCUAAACACCACGCCUCAUAUUUAACCUCAAGUGUUUUAUCACCACUUACCUUUGAGGGUAAAACUCUUGUGUUUGCAUCUGUACAUUUAAAAACAAAACUUUUAAUCCAAUAAAGACAAAAACAAAGA